AUGGUGCCUCCGCCGCCUUCUCCGACGUCUUCAAUGGCCCAGUACACUCAACAGUUUCUCAGUUCCGUCCUGUCCCAACGCGGUCCAUCUUCCCUUCCAUACUCCGAAGACGUGAAGUGGCUUAUCCGUCAACACCUCCUCUCGCUCUCCGAAGCCUACCCCUCUCUUCAGCCCAAAACCGCCACGUUUACCCACAACGACGGCCGCUCUGUCAACCUUCUCCAGUCCGAGGGCACAGUUCCGAUGGUGUUUCAGAAUGUUACUUACAACAUACCCGUCGUCAUCUGGCUCAUGGAGACUUACCCUCGCCAUCCUCCUCUCGUCUUCGUGAAUCCUACUCGCGAUAUGGUGAUCAAGCGCCAACAUCCUUUUGUUAAUCCAUCUGGUUUAGUUUCGAUCCCUUAUUUGCAAAAUUGGGUUUACCCUAGUUCUAAUUUGGUUGAUCUGGCUCGUAAUUUGGGUAAUUAUUUCGGCAGCGAUCCACCGUUAUACUCGCAACGCAGACCAAACCCUAACCCUAACCCAAACCCAAGCCCUAGCCCUAGCCCUAGUUUCAAUGCAUCUGGAUCAUCGGGAUCGGUUUCAUCUGGAUCUAUCCGGCCAGCCAUCCCACCUCGGACAUACCCACCGUCACCGUAUGUGAGCGACAGCGGGAGGGUUCCAUCGCCUUCUCCGCCUCAGAGGUUUGGGUCUGGGUCCUUCGAGGACCCGAGCUUUGUUUACAAACGGAAUGCGAUUAAUAAGCUGGUGGAGAAUGUGCAUAGUGACGUCGCCCGGUUGAGGAAAACCAGAGAGGCUGAAAUGGAAGGGAUGUUUAGUGCUCAGGCAGUGUUACGGCAGAGAGAGGAGGAGCUUUCAAUAGGGUUACGACAGAUGCAAGAUGAGAAAGCGGAUUUGGAGCAGCAAUUGCAGAUGGUUUUGAUGAAUACAGAUGUGUUAGAAGGAUGGGUGAGAGAAAAUGAGGGCAAAUUAGGUGGAGAUUUGUCAAAUAUAAGUCCUGAUGAUGCUAUUGUUCCAUCUGAUUCUCUUUCUAAACAGAUGAUGGACUGUACAGCAUCUGAUCUUGCUAUAGAAGAUGUUGUUUAUGCCUUGGAUAAAGCUGUGCAAGAAGGGUCUAUACCCUUUGAUCUGUAUUUAAGGAAUGUGAGGUUGUUGUCUCGAGAACAAUUCUUUCAUCGUGCAACAUCUGUGAAGGUUAGAGCAAUACAGAUGCAAGCUCAAGUUACAAGCAUGGCGUCCAGGGCACCACCAUCACCAUAUGGCGUGUGA